GUGUCCGAAAGCGAACGCGUCCUGCUGCGACCUUCGUCUUUUAUGCGAGGAGGGCCGUGGGAAACUGUGGGAAAAGCAACAGCCAACAACGUCCUCCCACUCAAUCUCCCCUAACGGAGUCGAUCUCUCGAGAACUCAGGCCAGGUUCAGAGAGGCCGCCCAGCAGCAUAGCCCGAUCUCCCAACGAACACCCAGAACGACCCAAGUCAUCACCACUCCAACCACCAUCUCACAUCCGCACAUGACCACCAGCAUGCUGGGACCCACCCACCUCCCUGCCGCCUCAAACACAAAUACAGCAGCGGCUACAGCUAGCAGUACGCGCAACUACGGAAGAGGUCGUGAUGGGGAACCAUCCACCUUAAACUCGCUCAGGCAUGGGCAUGGGCAUGGUGACCCGACGGCGACGCCAUCUUAUGCUACGCACGGCUACUCGGCCACGUUGGGGGAGGUGGACGCUGGGACCACGUUGGCUGAGGAGGGGACUGCUGUGAAUUUGGAUACCACAAGGACGGCGAGGCCGGUGUUUGGGGAGCGACGGGACGAGGUUGGGGAUGGGAAUGAGAUUGGGAAUGAGGGAACGUUUAGAUUGACUAAAGGCCUCCCACCAACCUACGCCUCCACCAAACGCCCCACCUACCCCCACGGCGGAGACAGACCAAUGAAAUCUCACACCGAUGACGAUGGGAAGAGUUCCACAAUGAAGGACACUACCCAACAACAACAAGACGGCAGCAUGCGAACCGCUGCGCGUAUCUCGCAUACCGUUUACUUGCUGGUGGAGCAUUAUUUCGCGCUUGCUGGAGCUGAUAAGGAGAAAAACGGCGCAAGAGCACAACAUGUGUUCCAGUACUGCAUGCGGAUCUUGCGGAGCCACCUAGACGCCGCGAUCAUUCCUGACGAGACGGUGUUGGCGGAAAAGAUCAAAAAACAAUGUGAGUUUCGUCUCUUAUUCACUUUGCUGUUUCGAUGGUCCGGUUGGGGAAGAUAUGCUGUAUCGUGCUUAUCCCAUUAUAAUGCCAUGUGUUUUAAUGGAUAAUGGAUGGAUAAAGUAACCCGACGCGAUACCUCCAUGGAGACGGCGCUGAAGUUUAGUAGUUUGUACCAGAAACUCAAGAACAAGGUACGGAUCCCCCUCCCUUAUCUCCCUUCACUCUUCCCUUAUGUCGCAUUCCCUAUCACCCAUUCCCAACGUCCUG